CCAUACUGUAUUUUAUUUGUUAAAAAACACACGAGUUUUAUUGAAUGUUAUUAAUAAACAAACAUAAGUGACAGUCUAUUGGAUUACAAAGUUAUGAUUAUUAUAAAAAAUUACAAUUUCAUCAGGAUGAGGUGAAUUUAUAAUAUCUAACAUGAUACUUUUGUUGACUUCAUUAAAACUCUGUAGACAGAUAAAAUGUCCUACAAAAAUUCCAUCAGUUGUUUAUUCAUCAAUGCCACUGGCAAAAGAAAAAAAAUGUAUCAAAGAAAAACCAUGGAUAUCAGUAUCAGAUACAUCAGAAGACCAGUUAAAAAAUUUAAAAAUACUGAAACCUUCAGUUUUACUACCUCCUGACACAGUAUUUAAUGAUAAAUUAAUAAAUAAUAAUUUAGCAUCAACUUUAACUAGUCCAAAUGUAGUUAAAUCUAAAAUAGCUGAAACAGAAUGGAAAAACAUUGAAUUAGAUUGUACAAAAAUAACAAAAUAUUGUCUUAUGUUAUCAAAAAUAAGAUUAACAUCAUUAGUUGUGAUAACAACAAUGGGUGGAUAUGCACUUGCACCAGGUGCAUUUGAUCCACAAACAUUUUUAAUGUGUUCAAUUGGUACUGGUCUUGUAUCAGCAACAGCAAAUUCAAUAAAUCAAUUUUUUGAAGUACCAUUUGAUUCACAAAUGUCAAGAACUAAAAAUCGUGUUCUUGUUCGUGGAUAUAUAACACCAGCUCAUGCAAUUGCAUUUGCUGCAUUAUCAGGAAUGGCAGGUUUUUCAAUACUUUAUUUUCAAGUUAAUGGUUUAACUGCUGCACUUGGUGCUGCAAAUUUAAUACUUUACACAUUAAUUUAUACACCAUUAAAACGUGUUUCAAUAGUCAAUACUUGGGUUGGUUCUAUUGUUGGAGCAAUUCCACCUUUGAUGGGUUGGGCAGGUUGUAUGGGUGAUAUUUUAUCACCUGGUGCAAUGAUCAUGUCAGGAAUAUUGUAUGCCUGGCAAUUUCCACAUUUCAAUGCUUUAUCAUGGAAUUUAAGACCAGAUUAUUCACGUGCUGGUUAUAGAAUGAUGUCUGUUACAAAUCCAGAUCUUUGUAGACGUACUGCCUUUAGAUAUUGUGGUGUUUUGAUGGGUCUUUCUUAUCUUGCACCAGUUUUAGAUGUUACCAAUUGGUGGUUUGCACUUGCAUCAACACCUCUCAAUGCUUAUUUUUUAUAUCUUUCUUGGCAAUUUUAUAAACAAUCAGACAGCUCAAGUUCUAGAAAAUUAUUUAGAUUUUCACUUUUACAUUUGCCAAUUUUGAUGAUCAUGAUGUUGGCAAGUAAAAAAUCAUGGUCAAGUCAAACAGAUAAUAAUGAAAAUAAAAAAAUUGACAUUGAUAAAAAUAAUCAGACGAAUAUUAUUGAUAAUUUAACGAAUUUAUUAUCACCAACUUCUGUAUAGGUAAUUGAAAUUAUUAAAAUCAUUUUUUUUUUUUUUUUUUCUAGACCUCAAUUUAAUUGUAGAAUUAUAAUUUUUAUUUAAUUUACAAAAUGAAAAUUAUAUAAAUAAAUAUGUUGUAAAUAUUUUGAUGAUAAAUAUAGAUAUUUAAAGUUUAAAAAAAU